AUGAGCUUCGAGGAACUGAACACUUGGCUUUCGAGUUUCGACGGAUUCGUCUCGCCCAACGUCGCCACGCGAGAUUUCAGAGCGACCGGACGCGGCAUCGUGGCAAAUGAAAACCUGCGGAAGUUUGAAAAGAUUUUUCAAAUUCCCCAAGCGCUGAUUAUUUCGGGCCCGCGGAUGCUCAAAAACGCAGAAGUACUCAGUAUCUUCUCGACCUCUUCUGUAAAAGUCGACAUUUCUCAAGUCUUCAUCCUCUGGCUCUACUUAGAAAUUCGAAAAGGGAAGAAGUCGCCGUUCCACACGUAUCUGGACUCGAUUCCGCAGCGCUACUGGAUGGGAAUCUGCGUCCCCGAAGAAGUCCAUCCUUGCAUUCCGAAGCAGACGCUGGCCACGCUGCGGGACGAGAUCGUCUUCUGCUGCAUCUUCUCGAAAAAAGGGAGCCAAAUGAAAGGGAGAAUCAACUACACGCAGUUUUGCCACUUGUACGCGAUUGUCAAAAGCCGCGUCGUCGGUGUCUGCGGACUCGUUUACAACAACAAAGAAACAGAAGAAAUAAAGUGGAUCGAGUGGGGCAGUCCUUACGAUGACGCAAUUUUAUGCCCCGUUUUCGACUUGCUCAAUAAUUCCUGCGAUUCCAACGCUUCCUACUCGUUUGAUCCCUCCUCGAAGAGCAUGCUUGUCGAAAUGGAAGAAGACAUUAAAGCUGGCUCCCAAGUUUUCAUCUGCUACGGGCCAAAAUGCGACGAUGUCCUUUUCAACAACUACGGCUUCGUCUUCAAAAGCGGCGAAAAUCAAGAGAACUCGAUCCGCGUCUUUCCAGAAGAAGUGAUUUCCGAGUUGAGGCAACAAGGAAAACAGACAUGCGCGCAAAUUGACGAAAAGUACCAAAGCCUGCUUCGCCAAAUCGAAGAUGAUGCGACUUUUCAUCUCGCUUUCGAUCAGAUGAAGCUGAGGAGAGGCAAUGUAGACUGGAACUUGUGGUACUUUGUGGUCUGGAUGACUGGCGGCAGCGUUGAAGAGCUGUCUUCCAUCCGUUCCACGCUCAACUUUUCAAGUAGCAGCGAGGCAAAACAGCGAGUCAAUGCCCUGGACGUGAUUCUAGCGAUUCUGCGUAAACGACUAAAUCAGCUGGCGGAAACGGCGAAUGCGCAAGCAAAACUGACGCUUGAAAUUCCAGAUUGGUACUUGAAAACGCUCAAGACUCUUAGGAGUUCGCACAAUCAGCUGAUGACCUACUGGUACGACGAGUUGGUCGAAGAGCGCAAAAAUAAAAGAAACCAUUGCGAGGGAGAAUCCGAUCCAGGACAAACAGGCCAGGCUCUUUACCAAAAGAUAUCACUGUAA